CCAGUGCCUUUGUCAAAGUUAUCGAAGACGAGAAAGAUGAAGAACUUUUUAUCUUCAGCGGAUGAGGCGACUCGUGCAUCGUUCAGGUCGAUCAAUGACAUUGAAGGGUUAAACACUCUCAUGAUGGUGCUCUUGGGAUGGUCGAAGCACGAUACCCUCAGACGGCGAAAGGGCGCAUACAAGUUCUUCUCCCUCUUCUGCGAAGAGACUGAACUGGAUACUUCGCUAUAUCAGACAGUUUAUCUCUGCCAUGGAAGACGAUUACGAGGAUGUUUACGCCAGUGCCCUACAAACCAUCGACGUAUUCCUCAGAUCCGUUCCCAAAGACGAACUUGAAUCGCUCGUGGUCCCCUUGCGGCGGAGUGUCGAGUCUACAGGUGCUCCGAGUCACUUUGUUCCUGGUUUCAGUGUCCCCAAGGCAGUUGGGCCUCUCGUUCCGGUCAUUAUCGCUGGUCUGACUACCGGUAGUAACGAGCAGCGGGAACAAGCAGCGUAUGCUAUUGGUCAUCUCGUGGAACGUACGGAAGACACUGCAAUCAAACCAUUUGUGGUAUCUUUCACCGACCUGCUGAUUCGAGUGGCGACACAAGCAACGUCGUACCGACGGGCGGUCAAGACGGCCAUUCUGGGUCCACUGACAUCAAUGUUGGAACGUAUACCUGCGUUCGUGAAACUGCUCUACCUUCAGCCGCAGAGGACGUUUGUCAAGGGCGUGAGCGACCCCGCAGGUAUUGUCGUUAGGAAUAAAGCGGCCAAGGCGUUGGGCGUGUUGAUGAAGAGCCAGCCUAGGUGGAUGCAGCCGUGAUGGAGCUUAUCGCAGGAGCAAAAAGUAACUUUGAUGACGGUAUUGGUAGCAGUGCAGUGGUGGCGCUUGCGCAUGUGAUGAGGAGUGCGAAGGAGAACGUAGGUGAAAAGGCGAGGGAAGCGUGUGUCGACCUUGCGAUCGAUGCAUAUAGGGGAAUCUCUGGUGAAUCAUAUAUAUAAGCUAUUGCUUCGUUAGUGGCAGCGUUAGCCAUCUUCCCGGACCACCUCCAACCUGCUUUCGAGUGCGUAUUGUAUUUUUUCCUGUCCUCAGUUUUUUCUGGGUUUUUUCUAAAGCAG